GAUAAUGAUGCUGUGGGGUAGAUCAUACCCAACCAUGCUAGCCCGAUCCCGAGUAGCAAAGGCAUUAGUGGUCUCAAGAUCUCUAUAUCUGAUGACAGUAAAUGGAAUAAACAAAAGACAACUAGAAACCAUGGAAAAGAACAUACGAAAAUUCAUAUGGCAAGGCCAGAAAGGGCCAGUAUCAUGGGAAAGAGCGAUUCAACACCGAGACGAAGGAGGAAUAGGAGCCCCAUGUGUUAAAUCACUAUACGAGGCAACGAAAGUGAUGUGGAUAAAACGAUGGCUAACUCCAGGAGAAGAUAGACCAAAAUGGGCCUGGGCCGCAAAUGCGAUCCUCGAAGGAGCAAUAAGAUCAAGACCCAUGAUAACAAAAGACGCAAUAACAGAAUGGAUAGAACAAAGAUGGCACGAACAAGGGAACUCACCUCUCAUCCCCGAAUCGGUCAGACACAUGAUGAAGGCAGCCAGAACAUACAACGUAAAAAUCUCCAUACUCCGAGCACCUCCGGAACUUAAGGAAGCGAUGCCCGCCUUCUUCCACCCAGGAACGACAGCAAUAGCCAUCAACAACACCGAAGAAGCAAAAUGUCUGAGGGAAAACCACCGCGUGACGACAAUAGCAGACCUAACAAAAGUGACAAACAAUGAGAAUGGCCAACUAAACUCAAACUGCGAGCUAGGAACACCAAAAUGUAAGAAAAUAGCAGAAAAGCUGAUUAACAACUUACCAGAACUAUGGAACCCGAACAGUGGAUCGCCACACAAGAACAACCUAUACCAUACAGUAGAACAGAAAGAAGAGUACGCUCACUGGAACAUACGCACAAGACCAAUACCCUUCAACCCAGACCCCGGAGACGGAAAGACCACCUUAGAGAAUGUAAGGAUCUUUGGAAAGAGACGAGGAUAUACACAGAAGAUAAGAAUAGCAACAAUCUACGUACCAAAUGACAGAAUAGAAAAGAUUAAUGCACUAAACACCCUAAGAGAAGAGAUCAGGAAAACAGAAAAUGCGCACAAGAUAAUACUCACAGGAGACUUCAACAUGGUAGAGGAAGAACGCGACCGCUACCCAAUACACGAAGAUGACAAACAAGUCUGCAAGACAAUGAAAAAACUAAAAACCAACUUAGGACUGAUAGACGGCUGGCGAGAGACUCAUGAAGACGAUAUCGCAUUCACCUGGAAAGGAAAGAGUGGCGAAGAGGCUGUGUUUGCCCGAAUCGACAGAAUUUAUGCAUCAGCGAGAAUGAUGCACCUAAUGAACGAAUGGGAAAUAAAGGAAAUAGAAUCUCAGAUAUCAGACCACCAAGCAGUAACAGUGAAAAUACUUGAACCGGACCCGCCUCUCAUUGGGAAAGGGGAGUGGCGACUAGCUCUACACACCAUGGAACAUAAACACUUCAAGACCGAAGCUGAAAUUGUCCUCAAUAAAGCCGCAAGAAGUAUUGAAAAAUACCACCGAAUCGAAUAUCGCACAAGCAAGAACCCAGAACUGCUAAAACACGAGAGGAUGAGAAUAAACCCGCAGAUGAUAUGGGAAAACUACAAACAGGGCAUAAGAAGAGCGGCAAUGGAAGCAGAAACCAUAAGAAAUAAAGCAAUCAGAAAGGAAAUAAAUGAGUACCAAAGGCAGGCACGGAAGAUACGAGUACAAAUGAAAAAGGGGAGAGGUAUCGAAGAACAGAAAACCCUCAGAAAGGCAUUAGACGAAGCAGAGAAGAAGAUAAGCAAGACAAAAACCAAAUUUCGAGAGAAAGCAGAAGCGACAAUCGAGGCCAAAUGGCUAAAAGCAGAGGAAAGAGCAACAAAACUAUGGAAAAAUGGAAUGAUCCUAGCGCUAGAUCAAGAAAAGGCAUACGACAGAAUCGACCACAAGUACUUGUGGGAAGUAAUGGAGAAGUUUGGACUCCCAAAAAACUUCAUACAAAAAGUCAAGAACCUAUACACUAAUGCAGAAACAGCAAUACGACUAAACGGCUGCGUAACCGAACCCUUCCCUAUCAAACGCGGAGUAAGACAAGGCGACCCCCUCUCAUGUCUAUUAUACAAUAUCGCCAUAGAACCACUAUUUGAACUCAUAAGACAGUCUGAUAUCAGAGGGAUACAGAUACACAGAAGCACCACAAAUGCAAGACUAUCAGCAUAUGCUGAUGACACAACCGUGUUCCUAUGCGAAGAUGACAACCCAGAGAUACUGAUGAACUGCAUAGACAUCUUCUGCAAAGCAUCAACAGCAAAGUUCAAUCAAGAAAAGACAGAAAUAAUACCAGUAGGAACGAAAGACUACAGAGCAAACCUAUAUGAGAACCGCAAAUUCGGCGAUUGGCAAAUCCCAGACACCAUACGAAUAGCGAGAGACAAAGAAGCAAUAAGAAUCCUAGGAUCCUGGCAAGGAAAUGAUGUCAAUGCGAAUGCCAAGUGGGAAGAAAUAAUAGAGAAGCAAACAAGGAUAAUGAUGCUGUGGG